UGCGUCACUGGAAUAAUGGAGGACUGUCUUUUCCACCCGGAUUUAUGCUGUCUGUAUUUCUACUCUACUACCUUUCUUUUUUAAGAAAAACAACUCGUGUACAUUUCAGCACGUAGUUGAGGUCAGAGUAAAAUGCCUAAGAUGACUACAGACAAGCCUGCCCAAAGUGUGGGCUCCAGGAUAAUGACGUUCUCCCCCUCCAAAGAGGAGUUCAAGGACUUCAGCCGAUACAUCGCCUAUAUGGAGUCACAAGGAGCACACAAAGCUGGAAUCGCGAAAGUAAUUCCACCUAAAGGCUGGAAACCUCGAAAAACAUAUGAUGACAUCGAUGACCUGGUGAUACCUGCUCCCAUUCAGCAGGUAGUGACAGGCCAGUCCGGACUGUUCACACAGUACAACAUCCAGAAGAAGCCAAUGACCGUCCAUGAGUUCCGCAAGACAUCCAACAUGGACAAGUUCUGCAAUCCUCGAUAUGUGGAUGUUGAUGAGCUGGAGAGGAAGUUUUGGAAGAACCUGACCUUCAACCCCCCCCUUUACGGUGCUGAUGUCAGCGGAACACUGUAUGAUCCAGAUGUGACUGAGUGGAACAUCGGCCGCCUCAACACCAUUCUGGACACGGUAGAGAACGAGAGUGGGGUCAAGAUCAAAGGAGUGAACACACCGUACCUCUAUUUUGGGAUGUGGAAGAGUGCCUUCGCGUGGCACACAGAGGACAUGGAUCUGUACAGCAUCAACUACCUGCACUUUGGAGAGCCAAAGUCCUGGUAUAUUGUCCCACCAGAGCAUGGGAAGAGACUGGAACGACUCGCCAAGGGUUUCUUUCCAGGGAAUGCCCAGAGCUGUGAAGCCUUCCUGCGCCACAAGAUGACAUUAAUUUCACCCUCAAUCCUGAAAAAAUAUGGCAUACCAUUUGAGAAGGUGACUCAGGUGACUGGGCAGUUCAUUGUGACGUUCCCCUUUGGUUAUCAUGCUGGUUUCAACCAUGGCUUCAACUGUGCUGAGUCGACCAACUUUGCCACCCAGCGAUGGAUCGAUUACGGCAAACAGGCGACACUGUGUUCGUGCCGACAGGACAUGGUGAAGAUCUCCAUGGACGUGUUCGUACGCAAAUUUCAGCCCGACCGUUACAAGCUGUGGAAGGCAGGGAAAGACACCGCUCCCAUCGACCACUCCAAAGUCACUCCUGAGGCCACUGAGCUUCUGGAACAAGACAUCAGCGAACCUUCAAAAGAGACUCCCACUGAAGCUGUGUCUGAGGAGCCCACUAGUCCCAUCCUGGAGGACAAAAGUCCAAAGCCUCAGACUGGAACAAAGCGUCAGCUAGAAGCUGAUAAAGCAUCUGCAGGUAUCAAACCUGAGCUGACGAUGGAGGAGACUGAGGAGGUGGAGCCAAAGAAGGCCAAGCUGUCACGCAAGGAGACUCCCACUAAAGUCUCUGUGAAGCCCAAUAAAGACACAGUAAAAGUCAAGACAGAGCCUAAGAAGGAGAAAGAAGCCAAGCCUCAGAUUAAAUCCCAAUCCAGACCCAGGGCUAAGAAAACUCCCAACAGACAAAGCAUUAUGAAAAAAGAGAAGAACGGUGUGCCAGCUGCAAACAGCUGUCCAUCAGAGCACAUUGAGAGCCAGGGGGCGGGUCUCUGCUCUGAGGAGGAGAGUCAGUGGGGGGGCAGCUGCAGCCCGCCACACAAAGCGUUCCAGAGGACGCUGAGCCCCGCGGACGUCCUGCACGUACACAGCUACGCCAAGGGAGACUACGCAGAGGGAGAGCCCCCCCCGAAGGAGGAGAGGACGAGUGAGGACAGUGACAAUGAGAUUGAGAAUGACUACAGAAAUGUUUGCAAAGCACGGGGGGCCGGAGAGGCAACUGGAGAUGAAGAGGAAGAGAAUGACCUGGGACAGCUUCCAGGCCACCAUCCACUCAUAAAGGACGGCAUGAGUGAUGAAGAGGUUCCAGAGGAGGCCCCCCGGGUAGAGGAGGGUGGUCUGGAGGGGGAGAGCUGGGCUAAACCUCUGGCUCACCUGUGGCAGAACAGACCCCCCAACCUGAAGAAAGAGAAGGAGUACAACCAGCGCAUGGAAUCCAAACCUCCAUACUGCUCCAUUUGCAUGCUGUUCUACACAUACCAGCAGACGGAAUGUGCCAGCAUUGUGGACAGUCCUGUCAUGGUUCCUGGGGGGGGCAUGCGGACCAAACCACUGAUCCCAGAGAUGUGUUUCACCACCACCACAGAGGAGGACUCUGAGUGUGAGGAGCCGCCCGUAACGCCUCAUCUAGAGGAAGACGGAACCAGCCUCCUCAUCAGCUGCUCUCAGUGCAGCAUCCGGGUUCACACCAGCUGUUACGGUGUGGAUCCAGCCAGUGUGAGCAAGGAGUGGAAAUGUGCGCGCUGCAAGGCCAACGCCAUGAAUGAGAAUUGCUGUUUGUGUUCGCUGAGAGGUGGAGCCUUGCAGAAAGCCAACAACAACAAGUGGGUACAUGUGCUGUGUACAGUUGCUGUGCUGGAGGCACGCUUUGUCAACAUCACUGAAAGAAGUCCUGUGGAUCUAAGUGGAAUCCCUUUGCAGAGGUUCAAACUGAAGUGCUACUACUGUAAGAAGCGGAUGAAGAAGGCGUCUGGCUGCUGUGUGCAGUGCUCUCAUGGCCGCUGCCCCACUGCCUACCACCCCACCUGUGCCCAGGCUGCAGGGGUGCUCAUGCAGCCUGAUGAAUGGCCCUUUGUAGUCCACGUUACCUGCUGUCGACACAAAGGGCCCACUCAGAUUGAGCGCAAUAAAGCAGCCAUGCAUGAGCUGACGGUGGGACAGAAGGUGAUCUGCAAGCACAAGAACGGCCGCUACUACCAGUGUGACGUGGUGCAGCUGACUAAAGAGACCUUCUACGAAGUCAACUUUGACGAUGGUUCCUUCAGUGACAAUCUCUUCCCCCAAGACAUCGUGAACCGAGACUGUGCCCAGCUUGGGCCCCCUCCUCAGGGUGAGGAGGUUAAGGUGCGAUGGACAGACGGCCUGGUGUAUGGGGCCAAAUUUGUGGCGUCGCGUGCCAUCUACAUGUACCUGGUGGAAUUUGAGGAUGGGUCUCAGCUAACGGCAAAGAGAGACGACGUCUAUGCUCUGGAUGAGGAACUCCCAAAGAGAGUCAAGUCAAGACUGUCUAAAGCGUCCGACAUGAGAUUCGAUGGCAUCUUCGAGGAGAAGGAGAUCAUCAAGAAGUCAAAGAGACAGAGAGUGAUCAACUCGCGUUACAGAGGGGACUACAUCGAGCCUGUGAUCUACAGAACCAUCAUGGAGUAACGCUCACUUCCUGUCCGCUCUCACACACACCAGCAGCCUGACACUCUGAACUGUACCCAAACAUUAGCUUAGCAGCUAGCCACUGACAAACUGUAGCUCCACAUCUUUUCCUUCAGGGCUCGCUUUGGACUGUUCUCCUUUUUUUACUUCCAUCUUUGUUCCUUCAAUCAAACUUAUAUUGGCUUUGUUUGACUACGAUUAAAGAGACUGCAGCAUUUAUUUAUUUCAGUUGUUCCUGUACCUGGCAGUACGUAGAAGAAGGAAGCAUUACAAAAAUGGUAUUUGAUUAAUAAACUAGCAUUUUGACAGUAAUGCAACUUGAAAUGUAUUCUAAUUAAUUUCUCUCUACAAAAUAUUUCAAUUAGAAAAGCCAUUAGUGGCUAAUAAACUGAGCCUGACAAUUAUCCCAGUUAAAGCUUUUUUUAAUUUAAAUUUUAAAGUUAUAAGGUAGGACUUAAAUGUGCCCUUACAUUUCUAAAUGAAUUAUUUCAAAUGAAUACUUUUACUGACAUUAUUCAUAUAAUUUAAUCUAAUUUUGUGUGCUAAUUUUUUAUAAUUGUUUCUGUCUGCAACUGACAAUUAGUUUUGUUUAUAGUGUCAGAAAUGAGUGAAAAAUGCUCAUCACAAUUGCCCUGAACUGAAAUCUUCAUUAUUCAAUUUAAAAUAAUGUAAAACAGAACAGAACCAAGCUUCACAUUUACAAAACUCG